AGUUUCUCUUUUCACACACAGUUUCUCACAUGCAAAUAUACUAGACCUCAGAAAACGUUUAAAAUGACAAACGAAAGCCAAACACAUAGAGAGCAAGUUAGAGAGAGAAAUCCAACUUUACAGGUCAACUACGUCUCACUCUCUUACGCUCACUACCUUACCUUCAGACAAACACAGUGAUUCCUUCCACUCAAAUGACAUUUUUGCCCCCACCUAUUUUCCUCCUUCCCUUCUGACUCAACCACAAUGGAUGCCGCCGGUGAACCUCAAUUCCGGCAACAAACUCUCCGCGAGAUGGAAGAUAAACACCACGAUCCAAAUCAAACUGGGAUAAAACCGGAUUCUGCUUCCGACGGACCUUCCGCCUCCGGAAACACCACCGGAGCUAGAUACAAGCUCAUGUCCCCGGCCAAGCUCCCGAUCUCUAGGUCGCCGGUUUUAACUAUUCCUCCGGGACUAAGUCCGACUUCCUUUCUAGAAUCACCAGUGCUACUCUCAAAUAUGAAGGUAGAACCGUCGCCUACAACAGGUUCUCUUCCUAGGCUUCAACAAACAUCACAUAGUUUUAUGACUUCUUUCAUGUCUGCUACGUUUCCUGUAACCACUGUAUGCUACAAUACUAAUCCUGUUGAUGACGGAAAAUCCAGCUUCUUUGAAUUUAAACCGCACAAUAGAUCAAAUAUGGUUCCUGCUAACUUUGACAACCAUGCAUGUGAAAAAUCUACUCAAAUUGAUGGUCAAGAAAAAGUUCAAACUUUUGUUUCUUUACCAUUGGUCAAAAGUGAAAUGGCAGUCCCUUCAGAUGAAAUAAAUCUAUCAUCAUCACCUCUUCAAAUGGUUAGCUCAGGGGCCAGUGCUCAUGUUGAAGUCGAGUUGGACGAAUCAAACCCCAGUGGUAACAUAGCAACUGGGCUUCAGGCAUCGCAAGUCGAUGGUAGGGGCAAUGGACUUUCAGUUGCUGCUGACAAGGUGUCUGAUGAUGGAUACAAUUGGCGAAAAUAUGGACAGAAGCUUGUUAAAGGGUGUGAAUUUCCACGCAGUUAUUACAAAUGCACACACCCUAACUGCGAAGUGAAGAAACUCUUUGAACGCUCUCAUGAUGGCCAAAUCACUGAGAUAGUUUACAAAGGAACACAUGAUCAUCCUAAACCUCAACCAAGCCGUCGAUACUCUGGUGGAAAUAUUAUGUCUGUGCAAGAAGAGAGAUCUGAUAGGGCUUCUUUGACUAGCCGUGACGACAAAGGCUUUAAUAACUAUGGUCAGAUGUCUCAUGCAGCUGAGCGUGACAGUACCCCAGAGCUAUCGCCUAUAGCAACAAACAAUGAUAGUCCAGAGGGUGCAGGAUUUUUGCCAAACCGGAAUAAUGAUGAGGCUGAUGAAGAUGAUCCUUUCUCAAAGCGAAGAAAAAUGGAUCUUGACAUCAUUCCUGUAGUUAAGCCUAUCCGGGAGCCACGGGUUGUUGUACAGACUCUGAGUGAGGUUGACAUAUUGGAUGAUGGUUAUCGCUGGCGUAAAUAUGGGCAGAAGGUGGUAAGAGGCAAUCCUAACCCUAGGAGUUAUUACAAGUGCACAAACGCCGGUUGCCCGGUUAGAAAACACGUGGAGAGGGCAUCUCAUGAUCCGAAAGCUGUAAUUACAACAUACGAGGGUAAACACAAUCAUGACGUACCAACUGCAAGGAACAAUAGUCAUGACAUGGCAGGACCAUCAGCUGCAGGUGGUCAAGCAAGAAUUCGGCACGAAGAAAGUGAUACUAUUAGCCUUGACCUUGGAAUGGGCAUUAGCCCGAACGCUGAAAAUAGAUCAAACAGUCAAGGGAGGAUGAUGAUGAUGCGUAAUGAAUACAGUGACGGCCAAACUCACACCCACACCGGUAAUUCCAGUUUCAAGUUUGUUCAUACUGCACCGCCUCCGGGAUACUUUGGUGUACUAAAUAACAACUCAAAUCCAUAUGGCUCUAGAGAAAAUCCAAGUGAUAGUUAUCCUUGCCCACAGAACAUGGGAAGAAUACUAAUGGGUCCGUAAAAUUGUUUACACAACUAAAUAAAUUAAAAUGAAAUGAAAUUCUGUGUAUCAUUUUGCUUUCUUUUUUUGGCUGGUGAUGCUUGAAAGGCAUGGCCUCUCUUUGAAAAUGCUGAUAGUUCUUUUAUGAUCCUAUCACAGUAUCUUAGAGUUGUCCUUUGGUAGAACUAGCAGUAGCUGUGUCCUUUCAGGUUGGCUUUUAUAUAUAUAUAUAUGAUGUUGUUUGUAUAAUUAUAUGUAGAAAGUCUUCUGUACAAAUAUGAAGCUUCCACAAGAACCGUUGUAAAAGUGUUUGAAUUCAACUAUUUAUAAGUGGCACUGAGCUUGUUCCUGAA